UCACUUUGAUUCCAACCAAAAACUGGAUUAGUACUUAAAUUUUCAUUUUUUGCCUAAUUCUUAAGUGAAAUGGCCGGUGAUUUUUCGCGAUUGUGACAACAAUGGACCUGCCGCAACCGCCGCAAGAUACCGAACUAAGAAAUAUUAUCGACAAAUUAGCGCAGUUCGUGGCGCGCAAUGGGCCCGAGUUCGAACAGAUGACCAAGAACAAACAGAAAGGCAAUCCAAAGUUUCAAUUUUUAUACGGAGGCGAAUAUUACGCUUACUAUCAGUAUAAGGUUAACGCCGAACAAACGGUCAUCAAACAGCAAGGAAUCAUCAUGCCGCAACAAAGUCAAAAUUCGAAUUGGCCCAAUAAUUCGAACGGUGUUAACGAUUUAGAGCAGAUUAAUCAACAAAUCGAGGCUUUGAAGGAACAGAUAAAACAGAGCGAACAAAAUUUACAAGCUCAACACACGGUUUUGUUGCAACAACAACAAGUUCAAAUGGAAAAUGUUAUAUUUGAGAGUCAAACAACUGAUUUACAGAAAGAAGCCGGGGAGUGUAACGUUCACAUUGAAGAGUUACAACAAAUUUUACAACCAAUCGUUGAAAGUUGUACUAAAGAUAGUAUUCAAACGGGUAAAUCUUGGAUAUUAUCACACGCUACGAAUAAACCCCAAGCUUUUUGCAUUGCAAAUUGCUUAUUGCUAAAAGCAAUGCAACCGGGGGCUUCGUUUUUACAACGAUUACAUGUUAUUUAUUUAGUAAACGAUGUUCUACAUCAUUGCGCAAGAAAAAGCGCUAUAGAUCUUAAAGAUGCUUUAGAGUCGGUUGUCGUUGCCAUGUUUUGUGGAGCUUCAACGACCGCUACGGAGGAUCAAAAAUUAAAAUUAGAUAAAUUGUUACAAUUAUGGGAAUCCAAAGCUAAUUAUUUAGCUAAAAGUACCGUGGAAGCUUUACGCAAACCCCAAGAAUCGUUGCAGCAACAUUUUAAUCAGCAAAUAGCAAAAUAUGGGGGUGAAAUCACUCGUGUCACUCAAGCUACGUUUGAAGGGUAUCGGGUGCAGCAUCAAGUUUUUGUCGGACACGCAACGCAAAAUAUACAAGAUUUAGAACAGAGGCGGACGAAUAUUUUAGAGGAACAACAAAGGCUUGAACAACAAAAUCAAAUUCAACAACAACAAAUACAGCAAAUCCAAAUUCCUCCACAGAUUCCCCCGCCAACGAUUCAACAACCCCCUCCUCCGAUUAAUAUAAACCCAUCGAUCCCGCCUCCACAAUUUAAUCAACCCCCACCGGGUUAUUUCCCAGCUGCAGGAAUGUUUCCAGAUUUUUCAAAACCACCCCCUGGUUUUCCCAUAACCAACCCCGAACCCCCCCAACAAGAAGAAUUAAUGCCAUCGGUGCCUUAUUAUGAAUUACCAGCCGGUUUAAUGGUUCCAUUAAUAAAACUUGAGGAUACCGCUUUUAAACCAUUAGAUCCCACUUUAAUUCGUCUCCCACCGCCAGCACCUCCUUCCGAUCGACUCUUAGCCGCCGUGGAAGCGUUUUAUGCCCCCCCAUCGCAUGAAAGACCCCGAGACUCGGAAGGUUGGGAAAAAUUGGGUCUUUACGAAUAUUACAAAGCCAAAAAUAAUGCAAAAAAAGAAAAGGAAGAUCAAAUCGAGGCUGGGUUAAGAGAAAAAUCGCGUUCACCGAGCCCUGUUUAUAUUAUAAUCGAGAAAAGUCCUUCACCUCCGAAAAGAAGGUACACAAGUCGGUCUCCUACUCCUCCAAGAAGAUCGAGAUCGCCUCGGAGUCCUAAAAGAAGACGAUCUAGAAGUAGUCGGAGUACUCGUAGAACGAGAUCGAAAAGUCCCCCGCGUUCAAGAUCCCCAUCACCGCUGGUGAGCACGCCAGUGGUGAUAUCUUCAACAACCCAUCAUCAAUUAGAACAAUUAGAUUCGAGUAAUAAAGGACAUCAAAUGUUGAGGAAAAUGGGGUGGGGUGGAAGUGGGUUGGGAGUAAAUGAGCAAGGAAUCGAUUCGCCGAUUUCCGGUGGGGAUGUGCGUGAUCGGCAGGAUCAAUUUAAAGGGGUUGGAUGUAGUUUGAAUGAUCCAUAUGAGAACUUUAGAAAAAAUAAGGGAGCUGCUUUUAUAACUAGGAUGAAAGCGAGAGCCGAGGAACGUGCCCAAGAAAGUAUGUGAAUGUGUUAUUAACAACAUAUUAAUUAAGUGACAUUAAGGAUUGAUAUUUUUUUCUUUUUGUGAGCGUGGAUAUAAUAAUGUGUAAAUAUUAAUUAAUUUUUUAAAUGAUAA